AGUGAGAAGCGGAGCGCCGGAAGCAGACAGCAGAGGGGGCCUCGUGGAGGAGACGGCAUGGGGCGGAUCGGGCGGUCCCGGCACCAGAAGCGCGCUCGCGCCCAGGCGCAGCUCCGCAACCUCGAGGCCUACGCCGCGCAGCCGCAUUCGUUCGUGUUCGCUCGGGGCCGCGCGGGUCGUGGCAUCCGGCAGCUCAGCCUAGACCUACGGCGGGUCAUGGAGCCGCUCACCGCCACCCGCCUGCAGAUACGAAAAAAAAACUCUCUAAAGGAUUGUGUGGCAGUGGCUGGGCCUCUUGGGGUCACACACUUCCUGAUCUUGAGCAAAACGGAGACCAACAUCUACUUUAAGCUGAUACGCCUCCCUGGAGGCCCUACCUUAACCUUCCGAAUCAACAAGUACACGUUGGUACGUGAUGUGAUCUCCUCACUGCGCCGGCACCGUAUGCAUGAGCAGCAGUUUGCCCACCCACCCCUCCUGGUGCUCAACAGCUUUGGUCCCUAUGGCAUGCAUGUGAAACUCAUGGCCACCAUGUUCCAGAACCUGUUCCCUUCCAUCAACGUGCAUAAGGUGAACCUGAACACCAUCAAGCGCUGCCUUCUCAUCAGCUACAACCCCGAAUCGCAGGAGCUGGAUUUCCGCCACUAUAGCAUCAAAGUUGUUCCUGUGGGUGCAAGUCAAGGGAUGAAGAAGCUCCUCCAGGAGAAGUUCCCCAACAUGAGCCGCCUGCAGGACAUCAGCGAGCUGCUGGCCACGGGCGCGGGGCUGUCUGAGAGUGAGGCGGAGCCUGACGGGGAGCAUAAUAUUACAGAGCUGCCGCAGGCCAUCGCCGGGCGCGGCAACAUGCGGUCCCAGCAGAGUGCCGUGAGGCUCACUGAGAUCGGGCCCCGAAUGACGCUGCAGCUCAUCAAGAUUCAGGAGGGAGUUGGGGAGGGAAAUGUGCUGUUCCACAGUUUUGUGCAUAAGACGGAAGAAGAGCUGCAGGCCAUCCUGGCAGCCAAGGAGGAGAGGCUGAGACUCAAGGCCCAGAGGCAGGACCAGCAGGCCCAGAACAUCCAGCGCAAGCAGGAGCAGCGAGAGACCCAUAAAAAGAAGAGCCUGGCGGGCAUGAAGCGAGUUCACGCAGCAGCUGAUGGGGACAGCGAUGCCGAAGACCCUGGGGCUCCCCCAGAGGCAGAGGGGCCCAGCCAGCAGGACGAGGAGGAGGAUGAAGCCGAGUAUUUCCGCCAGGCGGUGGGCGAAGAGCCUGAUGAGGACAUGUUCCCAAAGGCAGCCAGGCGGAGAUGGCCCACCGGGCCCCCAGGAAAGAAGCGGCGGGCGAAGGAGCAGAAGCUAGGCCGAGGCAGCAAUCAGAGGCCGCCAAAAGGCAAGGGCAGGCCCCAGGGUGCCCAGGCCAAGGCUGGACCCAAAUGGGCUGCCCAGGAUCGUGGGCGGGGCCGCGCACGGCCACCUAAGAGAGCGAUCUGUGCCAGGACCUGCCCAGCCAACUUCACAGCAGCCGCCGACCGCAUCCUCAGUCGUUUCCAGGAAGACUACCUGUGGCCCAUGCUGGCGGCCGAGUUCCUGGUGGCCAUGGCCGGCAACAGCCUGGCCCUAUACCGCUUUUUCACACGGGAGCAGCGCCCGUGGCACCCGGCCGUGGUCUUCUCAGCCCAGCUGGCUGUCAGCGAUCUGUUCUAUGCCUUGACACUGCCCCCGCUGGCUGCCUACCUCUACCCACCCAAACACUGGCGCUAUGGCGAGGCUGCGUGUCGCCUGGAGCGUUUCCUGUUCACCUUCAACCUGCUGGGCAGUGUCUUUUUUGUCACUUGCAUCAGCCUCAACCGCUACCUGGGCAUUGUCCACCCCUUCUUUACCCGCAGCCACCUGCAGCCCAAACACGCCUGGGCCAGCAGCGCUGUGGGCUGGGUGCUGGCGGCCCUGCUGGCUGCACCCACGCUCGGCUUUUCCCACCUGAAGAGGCCACACCAGGAGGGCAAGUGCAGCAACUCCAUGCCUGAAGCCUGCAUCAGGUGUCUGGGGGCAGCAGAUGAUACCCAGCUCCCCGCCUACCGAGCUUACAGCCUGGUGCUGGUGGCGCUGGGCUGCAGCCUACCGCUGCUGCUCACCCUGGCAGCUUACGGCGCCCUCGGCAUGGCUGUGCUGCGCAGCCAUGGCAUGACAGCCACUGAGAAGCUGCAUGUGGCCGUGCUGGUGGCCAGUGGUGUGGUUCUCUACGCCAGCUCCUACGUGCCCUACUAUGUUACGUGGGUUCUCAAUGUGCACGCCCGGCAGCGCUGGAAAGCCAACUGCCCCAGCUUUGUGGACGUGGCCCAGGCCCAGGCCCAGCUGGAUUGGGGCAUCUACGUGGCCCACCAGGUAAUGCGGGGCCUCAUGCCCCUGGCCAUCUGCAUUCACCCACUGCUCUACAUGGCUGUGGUGCCCAGCCUGGGGGGCUGCCGCCAAUGCUGCCUUGGCUGCAGGGAGGCCUGGGCCACGGAGGACACAAAGAGCUCCAGCCAAGUCCUGCCGCUCAGUAUCACAGCCACCCCCCAAACCACAGGGCGCCAGUCCCCUGAGCUAAGCCUGUGACUGGCCUAUCUUGGGCUGCUGCCUCCUGACCACAAAAACCCGGCAGUGGAAAAGGGACCAAGAACACAGCGGGCUCGUGGCCCCAAGCCAGCACCAGGCCCUGAGCCGCCACUUCCUCCCCCUGAGAAAGGCCUGUGCUGGGGCCGGUGAGCACCCAGGUCAGAGCAGCAGGACACCCCUCCCAUAGAACCCGGUGCUGCACCGGGCCUGGAGGCAGACCCACAACUGGGGCGGGGGCUGGUGGCCCCUGAAA